AUGGUUAAGGUCGCAGUCCCAUUGGUCGCUUGGGCUGCGGUUGCCUCGGCGUUCUCUGCGGUGCCACAGGCAGGCAAGCCGCACAUUGUCCUUAUUCUCGCUGAUGACUACGGGCACGCAAAUCUGGGCUACAAUGCCCGCAAGACCGGCAACAAGCAGCUCAUCGCCGAGACCAACACGCCGAAUCUGGACGCGCUGAUUGAUGAUGGUGUCUACCUCAGUCAGCACUACUCGUACGCCGUCUGCGCGCCAUCGCGCUCAUCACUCCAGAGUGGCCGCUUCGGCUCGCACGUGAAUAUGUUCAACACGGCGCCAGAGGCAGUGAACUCUGCGGAUCCGAUCAGCGGGUACGCUGGUAUACCCGUCGCGAUGACUGGCAUGGCAGAGGUACUCAAGUCAGCUGGGUACCGCACGCACGGUGUGGGCAAAUGGGACAUUGGAAUGGCAACUCCGGCGCACUCACCCUUUGGAAAGGGGUACGAAACGUUCAUUGGGUAUUACCAGCACGCCAACGACUACUGGAACAAGCGAGGCUCGUUCUUAGCGACUGGCGAGGUCGACAUGUGUCUCAGCCUGAUGCUUGACUUCUUCUCGUACAAUGAGACGUACCGCGGUGGUAACCCGAAUCCUGGCCAGGUGUUAAUCCCCGCCCUCGACUUGCCGGUGGAUAUCAACGCGUCAUCCCUCGAGCAAUGGCUCGAUGCCACUUGCGAAGAGGGAUACGAAUUGGGCCUCGAGGCGUAUGGGUCGGAGCCGAACCCCGACAACGUCGUACCGUGUGAGGGCUGCUAA